CCGCUAACGCUCGUGGGCAGGACGGCGCCAGUGGAGCGAGCUGGGGCUGAGGCGCCUCGCGACCCUGUGCUCCUGGUUCAUCUCUUUCUUCUUCCGGGCCUCCCUCUCGCAAAAAUCCCUAGCUCGGUCUCCUCCCCCGGCUGGCUCUUUCAUUGAGUCGGGGAGUAGGCGGGUCCCAAUUGCCCGCCGGCAACGGGGGGAGGUGUUGCGGAGACCUUGGGACUCAGGACCGCACAAAGGACCUGAUGCCCGAGCCAGGUCUUCAGGAAUAAGCGGGAGGUUGUUUUAUUUAAGGUGCAGGGCACUGUGCUAAGUGCUUUACCCACAUUAUCACAACUGUAGUGAUGUAGACUAGCAGUCUACCCAUUCUAUUGUGGAAGCUGAAGCCUCAGUAACUUUGCUUCACUUAUUCAAUAAGUGAUGAGUCAGAAAUCGACUUCCCAAGCCUAGACUCAACCAUACCUCUGCACUGUCUCUCUGCUAUACUGUUGUGUACACCUGAACCAGUUGACUAAAAAGGCAAAGCGCUCCAGUGAGUGGUGCUGGCUGUUCAGAGGAGGGACAGACAGAUGGCAAUCAGAGUGCGUCAAGAAGAAUGCUGACCUGAGCUGGGUGUGAUUUGGAAGAUCAAUGGAAGAACAUUCCAGGUCGGGGGCAGCCAAAGCAAAGACUCACAGGAUUCUGCCCUGGCCCUCAGGUUUUCAUCUGAUGGCUGGCAUCUUGGGGAUCUUGUUUUCGUAAGAUUGUUGGAAUUCCUGUGAUCAUCAUAUGAAGGCUUCCCCUGGCCUCAUCACAUCCUAUAUCCUGGAGUUGCCUCGUUUUAGACACCCGAGUAUCAAGUUCUCUUCCGGAGGAGUUCUCCAAUCUUAGUGGCGUGUGGACCCCAUUUGGGGUAACUCUUUGGCAUGAUAAUCUGACACAGCUGUCUAUCCCCAGAUGUAAUUUGUCCAUUUUUUAAAACGGGCCCUGCUGCCUCUUUUCAGAACCAUUAAACCUGUACCUGGAAGUGUCUCCUAACCUUGGAGUGCUCAAGUUCAGUUGGACACUCUGUUUCAUUUUGGAAAAAAAAAUAUGUGGGCUCCAGCUCAGGCAGUAUCAAGACAGGCCAGGCCUGCAGACCUUCCAAGAGGACAAAACCCCUCUUCCUCACUGUAAAGCUGGAUUCGUCUUACGGGAUGUGAGACCUUUCCUCUACCCUGUUAUCUUUUCUUCUGUGUGAUAAUCACAUGCUCACAUUCAGUCAUGCAUGUGGGUAUGCCUUUUUUCCCAGAACCUCCAUGGUCUCUUCCACAGUUCUGCUGCAGCUGCUCCUCAGCCCAGGCCCCAAGGCACAGCAAUCCCUGUGGAAGUAGCUGAUGUCAUCUGGGGAGGCAGCAACAUUUGAGGAUCUGACCAAAGACUGGAAGUAUUAGGAAGCCCCUCAGAAGGAUUGCAGCAGAGGCAUAAUGCUGAACAGUUAUGAGAACGUGGACCCUCAGGGAGACUUCUUAGAAUUCUCCAUGACACCACAGAGAGCUGGAAAUGAUCCCCCUGGUGUUUCAAGUCCAAGUGAAACAGAAACAGAGAUAAGUACCAUGAGAGAAAAGUUUCUCACCAGUGUGACCAAGUUGGUAGAAAGCAAAAGUUACAACAGCAAGGUAUUUUCCAAAGAAAAGUACUUUCAAACAAUCAAGGAAGUCAAAGAAGCUAAAGAGAAGGGGAAGAAGUCAUCACGUGAUUAUCGCCGUGCAGCAAAAUAUGAUGUGAUUUCUGUAGAAGGCACAGAGAAACUCAUAGAGGCUGCUCACAGAGAACGAGAUCGAAUACGGUAUUAUGUACACAAGGAAGAGCUGUUUGACAUCCUUCAUGACACACAUCUCAAUAUUGGCCAUGGCGGACGGACACGCAUGCUCAAGGAGCUGCAAGGCAAAUAUGGGAAUGUCACCAAAGAAGUCAUUGUGUUAUAUCUGACUCUGUGUAAACAGUGCCACCAGAAGAACCCAGUACCCAAGAGAGGCCUUGCACCCAAGCCCAUGGCAUGUAAGGACAAUGACUCCAGAUGCCAAGUUGAAAUCCUUGAUAUGCAGUCAAAUGCUGAUGGGGAAUUCAAGUUCAUUUUGUAUUACCAGGACCACUUAACCAAGUUUAUUAUUUUACGGCCAUUAAAAGCCAAGCAGGCCCAUGAGGUAGUCAGUGUCCUGUUGGAUAUUUUCACAAUUCUUGGUCCACCCAGCGUGUUAGAAUCUGACAGCGGCAUAGAGUUCACAAACCAGGUUGUUAAUGAGCUCAAUGAGGUAUGGCCAGAUCUAAAGAUUGUCCUUGGUAAAUCCCACCCUGGCCAAGGCCAGGGCUUCCUGGAGCGAGCAAGCCGUGAUGUCAAGACCAUGCUGAGUGCCUGGAUGCGGAGUAACCACUCCUGUCAUUGGACCGAAGGCCUGCGAUUUAUGCAGAUGCUGAGGAAUCAGGCCUUUGAUGGUUCCUUGCAGCAGAGUCCGUAUGAGGCAAUGUUUGGUUGUAAAGCCAAAUUUGGACUCUAUUCCUCACAUUUGCCCCGAGAAACCGUGGCUGUUUUACACACAGAGGAGGAGCUAGAAAUUGCUGAAGAACAACUGGAAAGCAGCCUCUGGGUCAGGCAGGAAGAGAGGGCUGAGGUUGGAGCAGACCGGUCUGACAUGGACGAGGACGUCGAUCCCACACCUCUCGAAGCCUCGGAGCCCAGCACCUCCCAGGUGGCCUCAGGUCUCUUCUCCUGGUGAACAGACAUCUGCUGGGUGGCUGCUUGUGCCUCUGGGUGCCGUAGAGCCACCUGAGAGCUGUAGCCAAGACCCCCCAUGAAAGGAGUGAAGGCCACUCUCUCAGGAACGCUGUUCUUGGUAGUCCUGGGUCAGAGGGGACGGUGGCUCCAGUCUCUGAUCUCACCUGCCCUGUUAAUUCCCACAAACCUGGAGGCUUAAAACAGAACUUUGGGGACUUCCCUGGCAGUCCAUGGUUGAGACUGUGAGCUCUCAAUGCAGGGGGAGCCGGUUUGAUCCUUGGUUGGGGAACUAGGAUCCUGCAUGCUCAGGACACAGCCAAAAUUAAAAAAAAAAAAAAACUUUCUUCUUAGUCCUAGAGGCCAGAGGUCUGAAAUCAGGGUGUUGGCAGGGUUCAUUCCUUCUGGAGGCGCCAAGAGAGAAUCCAUUCCAGGCCUUCCUCCUUUCUCUAGUGGCUGUCAGCAGUUCUUGGCACCCCUGGGCUCAGAGUAGCACAGAUCCAGCCUCGGCCUUGUCUUCAUGUGGCCUUCUCUCCUUGGUCUGUGUGUGUGCUUCUUUUCUGUCUCUUACAAGGACCCCGUUGGACACCAAAUCUAUGUAGUUGGAUUUAAGGCCCAGCCUAAUUAAUGAUUUCAUCUCAAGAUACUUACCUUAAUUUCAUCUGCAAAGACCCUGUUUCUAAAUAAGUUCACAUUCAUGGUUGCUCAGGGUUUGGACUUGGACAUAUCUUUGGUGGUGGGGGACUGCAGUUAUACUGCAAUUGGCUCAGGGGUAAUGAACCUGCUUGCCAAUGCAGGAGAUUCAGAUUUGAUCCCUGGGUCAGGAAGAUCCCCUGGAGGUGGAAAUGGCAACUUGCUCCAGUAUUCUUGCCUGGGAAAUCCCAUGGACAGAGGAGCAUGGCAGACUGCAGUCCGUAGUGUUGCAAAAGUCUGACACAGCUUAGCGACUGAGCAUGCACACAGUUCUACCGACUACAGUCAGUGGAAGAGGAUGUUUGCUUGCAGAACAUAAACUGAUGGGGUCUGAGCCCUGUAGAGCUGGUGGGACUGCCCUGCAUGUAUCGAAUAUCUGUUCCUGCUCCUCAGGCACAGAACCCAAAAGCUGGGGGCAUCAGAGAAAAAGAUAUAGGUGAAGGACAAAUAAUGAGAAGAACAGAGGUUGAUCUCACGUGCCCCAGAGACACUGCCCCACUAGCUGAGCUUUGUUUCCUGCUUCAACAGAAACCUGAUGUACCCACCCUGCUCUCAGAAUGGCAGCCACUGGGAUCAAUCUGCCUGAAAUAUAUUUUAAAAAUAGGUCAAAAUUAAGGCAUGGCUAGGGUUUGGGUCUGAGCCUGCCAGUGUGCUGUGCCUCAAGCACAGCAUGACGUGGUGUAGUCCUGGAACGGUCAUACAUUCCAGGAAGUGACCAAUAGCCAGGAAACAACUAGGGACUCUGGAGCAAAUUGCAAAAGUUGGCCUGAGGUCACUGCUUCAGCCAGAGAAUAGAGCAAAGGCCAGUCUGGGUCACAGUUCAGAGGAAAGGGGAGGGUAAUGCCCAGGAUCUGUGCAUGGCUGUAUUCUCAAAGGCCUGGAAGAGGACUCAGCCCAUCAGAGGUGUUGAGUUAGGGUUUGCUGAGUGAAUAAAGGAUUCUACAGGCAUGGACGCAAGGAAGGAGAAGGGGCCUGCAGUUUCUGACUCUCCAGUUCUUUCUUCCUGCAUAUCCCAGAACCAUCUCAAACCAUUCUGGGGGACUUCCCUGGUGGUCCAGUGGUUAAGACUCUGCUCUUCCAGUACAAGGGGCACAGGUUCGAUCUCUGGUUGUGGGAGUAAAAUCCCACAUGUGCCUUGGCUCCACCAAAAAAAAAAAUUCUGAUUGCCCCCCACUUUGGCUUCGCCUUGGGCCAAGAGCAGUCUCCUGAUGAUGCCUGCCUCACAGGGUGGUUGUGAAAGACAGUGAGAUAAUGCUUGCGAACUUCUAAGAUGUGAGUUGUCUUUGCUACCUUCAGAUCUUACCCUCAUCAUGAGAGUUGGAGAUCACUGUUGCCAUUCCUUUGCUAAUUAAACAGUGUUAAGCUAGACAUCCAGGAAAUCUGCACUAUUAUUAGACAGGAGGUGAUGUCACUCUUCCAGCUUGUCUUGGAGGACCAGAAUCUCGGCUUCAUCCUUGGCCAGCACCUCACAUCCCCUUCCUGUAUCACUAAGCUGAGCAGGGCCUGGGAGGCCCAACUUGACUGAUGUUGCCCCCUGUCCCCCCCAUGCUGACCUACCACCUCCUGAUGGUGGAGCAAGUCAGGAACCACACCAUCAGCUCCUGUGGGUAAGAGGUCAAAGGAGGCACUAUGCUACUGUCUUUCCCAGGGGGUGGCUGCAAAUAACGGAGAUUUCCGGAGCUGCUACCUCAGCCUUCCUCUUCUGCUCCCUAGUGUUUAUAGUGGAGGGACCUGGAGGAGGACACCUAGACCCAGCCCAGCCUUCCUCUGUGUUAUCACAUUUCAGCAUCUGGAGCAGAAUCAGGCUUUCAGUUUGCAAGUAUGUUUUGUCCAUAUAAUGUCUUUUAAAUUUAAAAGUUAAUUACCAUCACUUUCAAAGCAGAUUUCACAUAAGAAUAUGGAUGUCUAGCACUUCUUGAAAAUUUAGAAGAUCCUACCUCCCACAUUUUUUGCAUGGCAGCCAACGACCAAGUAGUAACCCCCAGGAGACAGUCCAGUCCUGCAUUCUACAUUAGUCCGCCAUCUAGGCUGUUCAGAUUGUUUGCAUACACGUUUCUAUGGUUGACUGCUAAAGAAAGGCAAAUGAAGUCAAUGUGAAUAAAGGCCAGAAACAGACCCUUGUAUCUAGGAAUUUAUGAUAAAAGACAUUUCAGAUCUGUAGGAGGGAUUGUAUUAUUCAGUUAAUGGUGCUGAUCAAUUAUACUUCAAUUAAAAAAAAGAUAGUGGUGCUGGAUCAUAGAGCUGUCCAACUGGAAUAAAAUAAAGUCUGAUCCUUAAACAUAAAAAACAAAACUGUAAAAAUAUUGGGGAAAAGAAAUAGAUUUUUGUGAUCUUGAAAUGGAGAAACCCAUAUAAGAAAAGGUUAAUAUACUUGGUUACAUAAAAAUUUUAAAUAUUUAUGAAAAAUAAUGCCUUUUAAAAAUGGAGAAAAAGUAAAUGACAGGCUGGGAGAAAACAUUUGCAACACCUAAAACAGACAUAAGGUACUGUCAACUGAAAAAAAAUAAAAUGACCUAAAAGUUGAGAAUUACGUUUUUAUUGAGCAGACUUACUGAGGACUUAAGCCCCAGGCUACAGUCUCCCUUAAAACUCUGAGGGACUGUUCCAAAGAGGUGAAGGAGGAGCCAGGAUAUGAAGGAGUUUUUGCAAAAAAGAAACCACAAAUAAGUAAAAGGUAGUUGAACAUCAAAAGAUUAGUGUCAAUUAGAGAAAAAAACCUCUCUCAAAUUAAUGGACUUAGCACUUUUCUAUGUAUAGGAAGAUGUAAGAGUCUGGGCUUAUUGAAAUUAUUCUCUUGAUAUGCAUCUUAACUAGGAACCGGUAUCCUGUUUUUCUCCAUCCUAAAUCUCAGGGUGUACAGUCGUGGGCGGCUGCAGUGGCUGAUGACGUGAUGGCCACGGCAUCCUUUGUUUACUGAUAUGUCAGGGGACAUUCUUUGUCCACAGUACCUAAUUUUUAAAGGGGUGCUUGCAAGUUAACAAUGAGAAGAGCAACCAGUAGGAAAGGAGCAGAUGUUAAUGGUGGACGGAAAACAAACAGCUGUACCCUGGAGCAACUGUGGUGGGAUGGAAGCAAGUCAGACUUGUCAUCCAAUCAGGGCUGUCCAUUCAAAUAAAACAGAUUCAAGUUG